UGCGAGUCGCCCGUCGCGACUUUUUCGGUGUCGCCAGGCUUGGCUUGGCUUCGAUCCGAGUUGGACCAUGUCUGCAGCACCGGAGACGGUAGCAUGGGCCGAGUUCAGGAGCCCCGACGGGCGAGCGUACUGGUACAGGGCCGACACCAAAGAGAGCGUCUGGGAGAAGCCGGCCGAGCUCAAGAGCAAGGCAGAGAUUGCAUUGAGUGACACGCCCUGGAAGGAGUACGACUCGAAUGGCCGCAAAUACUGGUACAAUGCAGAUGACAAGACGACGACAUGGGAGAUGCCCGAGCAAGUCAAACAGAUCAUGGCCACUCUACCUCCCGAGGCACAUCUUGCACCUUCGACUGUCCAGCCUGCACAAGCCAGCCCUGGCCUCGCCGCGCCUGCAUUCGUACCUGCCACUUUCGACUCCAACAUGAUUGGCGGCGGCCAACUCGUCGCUGCGGGUGGCUUCCUGCCCGGGAGCGGCGGACUGUCCUCGUCAGUAUCGACUGCGCCACUGGGCUCCAUGCGCGUCGACUUCAACAAACCCGAAGAUGCCAAGAACGCCUUCAAUCAGCUGCUGCGUCUUGCGGGCGUCAAUCCUACUUGGACAUGGGAACGAACUAUGCGCGAUCUCAUCACUGAGCCCAUGUUCAAGUCACUCCGUACAAUGGGCGAGCGCAAGGCUGCCUUCGAGGCCUACAUCGCCGACUUUGCACAAAGGGAAAAAGAUGCGCGUCAGAAGAGUAUCGAUCGUCUGCGUCCUGCUUGGAAAAAUGGGCUCGGCCGCGCUGUAGAGGCAGGCAUGAAGAGCUGGUGGAGCUGGGAGAGAACAAAGGCAGAGCUAUCGCGCAAUAUGAGCGAGAUGUGGUCAUCCGCUCGCAACGAUGAUGAGCGUAGAACGCUCUGGUCCGAAUACAUUGCAGAGCUCAAGGGCAGAGAGGAGACGAAGCGUCAGCAAGUAUUCAAGUCCAACGUCGAUAAAGUCCACCAGAUCAUCGCUAGCCUGCACCUCGAGCUUUCGACGAGCUGGCGAGAUGCACGCUACAUGAUCGAGCGAUCGGACGACUGGCGCGCCGAUCCAGAGCUCAACCAAUUUGAGCUGGUCCAUGUGCUCGGCAUCUUUGAGGAGUAUGCCAAGAAGCUCGAGCAAGAGUCGUUCCAGGAACGCCAAAAGCUUCGUGCCGAAAAGACUCGCAAUCAGCGCAAGCGUCGAGAAGCUUUUGCUGAUCUGCUGCUCGAGCUUCGCAAGGAAGGUCAGAUCAAAGCGGGCAGCAAGUGGAAAGAUGUCUAUCCGCUUUUCGACAAAGAUACUCGCUAUACCGAUCUGCUCGGCAAUCCCGGCUCAAACCCUCUCGAUCUUUUCCAUGACGUGGUCGAUGAGCUUGACCAAGUCGUCGAGGAGCACGCUGCAGCCGUCGAGUCUGCUCUCAAGACACAGGCCAAGGCUAUCGAUACUGCUUGGACGAUUGCUGAGCUCAAGACCCAUCUCGCCGAUAGCAAAGUCAUUUUGACUGACGAUCAGUUGUCGGGUGUGCUUGCCUUUGUACAAAUUCGCGAAGCUGCAAAGGCGAGAGCAGAGGUCGAGCGCCAGGAACGCCGAAAACGAGAGAAGAUGGAUGAUCUGCGCUUCGCUCUGCGCAACCUCAGACCUGCCAUUGCUGCUGAUAGCACAUACGAAGAGGCAGAACCCAUGAUGAAGGAUUUGCGCGAAUUCAAGGCGCUCGAAGCAGAGGAUCUCCGCAAGCUCGUCUUCGAGAGCCACAUCUCGCGACAGAAGGAGAAACUCAGAGAGCGCGAACGCGAACGAACGCCGUCCGAUGCGGGAUCGCGCGGCGGAGAGAGCGUGCAUUCUGGCGGUGGCAGAGAGUCUUCUCGUGCGCGACGCAGGGGUCCCUUCGAGUCUCGUCCAGACCACCGUAGCUCUCGCAGAUCUCUCGAGCCUUCUCCUCGUGGCGACCAUGAUUCGCGCAGACGCCAUACCGACGAACGCAGAUCAGAUCGACACGAUGACCGUCGACCGGAUGAACGCAGAUCGGACCGUUAUGCAGACGAGCGCAAGGCCGAUCCUCAUCGGAGUAGGCGUAGACGCGAAGCGACUGAGGAGAAGGAGCGCACACCGCGCCGAGAGGCCGACAGGGAAGAUGCUCGCCCGGAAGCCAAAGUCGAGGAAGAGGGCGAGAUUGCAGAGGAUAUCAAGCCGGCAUCGUCGUCACCCAGUGAGCCUCGGUCGCGAUCUAGGCGGGAUGAUGAGCGCGACGCAAAGCGCACUCGAUUAUCGUCUCGUUAGCGUCGCUUCUGGGCCCGUGAGCUCAUACUGCGAUGAUGGCGACCAGCAGGAUGACGAGCACGAUGAUGAGGAUGAGAAUGCAAAUGCUCGAUCGCGAGUCUG